AUGAAGCGGAAGAGCGAGCGGCGGCAGAGCUGGGCCGCCGCGCCCCCCUGCUCGCGGCGCGGCUCGUCGACCUCGCCGACCGUGAAGAAGAGCCGCAGCUCCUCGUCGCAGGAGCUGCACGACUUGGAGCAGGAUGACCUGUACCUGGACAUCACCGAUCGCCUUUGUUUUGCCAUUCUCUACAGCAGACCAAAGAGUUCAUCAAAUAUACAUUAUUUCAGCAUAGAUAAUGAACUUGAAUAUGAGAGCUUCUACGCAGAUUUUGGACCACUCAAUUUGGCAAUGGUUUACAGAUAUUGUUGCAAGAUAAAUAAGAAAUUAAAGACCGUUACAAUGAUAAGGAAGAAAAUAAUUCAUUUUACUGGCUCUGAUCAGAGGAAACAAGCAAAUGCUGCUUUCCUUGUGGGAUGUUAUAUGGUUAUAUACUUGGGGAGGUCUCCAGAAGAAGCAUAUAGAAUAUUAAUGUUUGGAGAUACAUCCUAUAUUCCUUUCAGAGAUGCUGCCUAUGGGAGCUGCAAUUUCUACAUUACGCUUCUUGACUGUUUUCAUGCAGUGAAGAAGGCAAUGUUAUAUGGCUUCCUUAACUUCAACUCAUUUAAUCUUGAUGAAUAUGAAUACUAUGAGAAAGCAGAAAAUGGAGAUUUUAAUUGGAUAAUACCAGAUCUAUUUAUUGCCUUUUGUGGGCCUCACUCAAGAACAAAGCUUGAAAGCGGUUACCACCAACAUUCUCCUGAGACCUAUAUUUCAUAUUUUAAGCAUCACAAUGUUACUACCAUUAUUCGUCUGAAUAAGAGGAUGUAUGAUGCCAAACGCUUUACGAAUGCUGGUUUCGAUCACUAUGACCUUUUCUUUGCGGAUGGCAGCACCCCCAGUGAUGCCAUACUCCGAGAAUUUCUGAAUAUUUGUGAGAAUGCCGAGGGUGCUAUUGCAGUACAUUGUAAAGCUGGCCUUGGACGAACAGGCACUCUAAUAGCCUGCUACAUGAUGAAGCACUACAGGAUGACAGCAGCUGAGACCAUUGCUUGGGUCAGAAUCUGUAGACCUGGCUCAGUGAUUGGGCCUCAGCAACAAUUUUUGGUUAUGAAACAGGCAAGCCUCUGGUUGGAAGGUGACUAUUUUCGUCAAAAGUUAAAGAGUCAGAAGAAUGGAAAACACAGAGCAGCUGUCUCAAAACUCCUCCUGGCUGUUGAUGACAUUUCCAUUAAUGGGAUUGAAAACCAAGACAAGCACGAAACUGAACUGUACAGCGAUGACGACGAAAUCAACCGAGUGACUCAAGGUGAUAGACUUCGUGCUCUGAAAAGCAGAAGACAGUCAAAAACAAACGCUAUUCCCCUCACAGUAAUUCUUCAGUCCAGUGUUCAGAGCUGUAAAACAUCUGAACCUAACAUUUCUGGCAGUACAGGCAUUACUAAAAGAACCACCAGAUCUGCUUCAAGAAAAAGCAGUUUUAAAAGCUUGGUUCCUCAGAGGGAAAGAAGGAAAAGGAAUGCUUUGCAGCAAAUGCCCUUAAUGGCAGUAUGUCCCGCCAUUUCAAGGACUAAAACAGUCUUGCGUUAAGUUAAAAUCUGUGACGAGAACUGAAGGAAGACUCUAGGAACAGAAAACUACGAGAGGACUUAUUAGCACACUUACUUGGAAACAAAACAAAAAUGCAAAAGCCUUAGCUGCUUUCUACCUAAGAAGUUUGUUCAAAGAAGAAAAUCUCUACUGAAGUUUCAGUAACUGCAUGAGUUUGGGUACAAGCAAAUGACUUGAAGAAGGCCCAGCUCCUUUCAUAGAAAUGUCUCACGCGUAGCAACAAAAAAGCUGUUGUAAAUUUAGUCUCAGGUGUAAAUUUAGUCUUGAUACCAAGAGAGCUGACUAGUUUGUGUGGUGUGAUUGUGUCCUCACAAUGGCAAUCAUUUUAGCUGCUCGCCUUCAGAAGAAUUGAGGCUCUGAUGGAGGUUUUUUAUGUAUUUAUUUUCUGAAUUCACUAUGUGUCAAAAAUUUAUAAAGCUAAAACAGGUGUUCCUGAAAUGGUACUUUCUGUAAUCUGAUAAGAUUUGGUUUAAUCAUCUUCACUUUAAUAUUGUAAUAUUGUUGUAUGUUGGCUCUGUUAAGUACCCAAGCUGCUUGUCUUCCACCAAAGAGUGCUUUAUAUUAUAAGAAUCUGUGAGAACCCCCACUUGAAGGCUGUUGCAUGUUUUGAUACAAAGUGAUCGAUCCUUUGGUAACCUAACUUGCAAGAGACCAGUAAAGGUAGCUGUAAAAGACUCAGGAAGAGAAACUGGCUACAGAGAUGAACGAUUGUUGUAAAAGUCUCCUUUUAGAUCCUUUAUGCCAGGGCUGCCAACUACAGAUUAAAAUCCUGUUACUUUACUUGCCUUGUAAAAAACACAGUGGUUGUUUUCCCUUAAAGCAGUGAUUACCUAAGGAUGUUAGCUUUUGUAUUUAAAGUUACUGCUUCUUUGGUACCCUGUAACAUUGUUGGGGUUUUUUUUUUUUCCUGGUCAUGUGAUCUGCCUGAGAUCUUUCACAGGUAUCCUUUGUUUUCAGUGCCAGUUAUUCACAUCUGGAUUUCAGUUGUUUGUAAAUAAGAAACUCACUGUUGCCUUUGGUUAGGGAAUAUAACUAAUAACUCUUUACAGAGUGCCUUCUCCCCUCAACCCUACAGAACCGUAGCAGAGACUGAUACAAAGCAAUUGCAAAAAAAAAAGAAAUUUGCUGCUAAGAAAAAAAAAUGGCCCCCCCAAUAAAAGAAUAUUUUGCAGUUCCCUUGAUUACUUCCAUAGUAAGAAGUAAAUUUCUGUCUAUCUUAGGUUGAAGAAUGUGAAAAUGUAAUGUGUGAAAGCAACAGAGAAAGUAAGUGCCCUCACAUUACAAGAUCAGAGGCAAUUCCAUAAAAAACAGGAAAAACUGCCUUUUUAGCAAAACUAUGAGUGAUUUGGAUAAACUAAAGUUGUUAGUACAAAAAGUAAUUGGAAGGCACCAUUUUGGAAUUUACUCUUCGGUUCACUUGUGAAGUUGACUAGCUUUGAGGGGAGAUGGGAGAUGCCAAACAAAUAGCUCACCACCACCCCACCCCAUCCCCAGGCACCACUGAGGUAGGCUCAGAGCAGCUUGUAAGCAGUGGGGUAGCAGAAAAAUAAUGGUUCUCUAUUCCUGGAGGUGAACAGACAUAAAGACUCACUGGCUGAGUGAAAUGACUGCUCUUCUGGACACUUGGGUGAGGAGAAACAUUCCAUUUACUGUGUACUAGGAAACAAACAAAAUAUUCAAACUGCCGAGGCAUAAAACUUUGAAUUCUCAGGGCAACUCUUCUUCCCGUUAGACUUUUAAGGCCAUCUCCUGUGUUAAUAAUCCAGGUAAUUGUGAAAAUCAAACUUUCAGCUGAACUUUUUUGAUUUGGCUUAUUACGUCACGAGUAGCAUGUGCUGCCUCCCUCCCAGUGAACAAGCCAUUCGAUUUCUUGGCCAAAGUGAAAAAUUUGGGCUUCACUAUUAACCACUACAUUUUAUUUUACAAAUUGCCCUUUUGUGUUGGCUGCUCUCAUUUCCAGCUAGAAUUGCUAUCACUGUGGCUCUUUCUAAAAAAUCUUUGUAUAUUUAACAGGCUCACUGAAACCAGUCAUAGGACACUGAUAAUUUAUAAAGAAACAUUCCUUGGAAACUCACGCAGGACUUGGGGUAACGCUUCAGAUGGACCCAAUAGCACAGUACUUUCCUUAUGUCUAGAAUCCAGGAAGUCCCUGGCCCUGACUGAUGGAAUGUUCUUCCUGCUCUGCAAGUGGGUUCCCCAGCCCCCAGUUGGAGAUGUCGGCCUGCCAAGAAUAUUCUGACAAUCUUAACUUUGAGUCUUUGCUAUGUAAUAGGAAACAGGGCAUGCCCGACAGAAAGAUUCCAAUAACUACAGAGGCUUACAUAGCUUUGAAGGUAUAACAAGACAGUUGCCAUUGGAAUUAAACUCAGAAAUGAAUAUUGAUGGGUGCGCUUGAAGCUCUAGGGGGUGGGGAGCUCAAAUCAUAAAGAGUCAGGGGUAGUUGAAAGGAAUUGGGUCCCAAGAAAUACAGAUUUCUGUUUUUGUGAUGCUGGAAACUAGAACUCUCUCACUGGCGGUGAGCAGGGCUGGUCCUGAGCAGCGCCUCACUGACGCCAGUAGCCUUAUCGCCCUGCAGCUGCUUCCUAGUGACAUGCUGCUCCUCUGGUCUCCAGGAUUUUUCUGUCUUGAACUUGAUCCCCUUAGCUUGUUCUCACAUACUUCUUUCCUGCCUCCACGGAAGAGGGUUGUUUCUACCUCUUUUCUCGGGCCCAGACACAUUUUAGAGGCGGUUUUUUUUUUUUUUUUGUCAGUGUUUUAAGAAGUAAAUGCCCUUGGCCCCCCAUGGCACACCACAGGGACGAGCAGACCUGCCAGGCCACAGUUGUGCGGGCCCGGGGGCCUGGCCUCGGCGUCAUUCACUGGUCGUGAGCAGUGAACAGGGCACUCCUUGAUGUAAAUGUAGCCUUGCUGCUUCUCAGUAUCCGGUUUUAAGAAUAAUUACUGCAUUUUGGAAAGCACUACUCGUCAAAAACAAUUUUAAAAACUUUUAAAAUUCUUAGUAUUUGUUUCCCACUGAAGCCGUCCCAACUGAGGCUAGUUGCUGCUCUUACGUGUCUCCCAGGCCUGAGUAUUCUCCAUGUUGCCAAAUGGAAAUACUACAGCUGUGUCUAAAGACUGGACCACUCACCUGUACUGUGUAGGAAAUUACCUCCUUACUCCAGUAGAAUUAGCUGUCAGCAGACUUGUUCAUCGGAUUAUAGUACUGCAGUUUUAUAUUAAUAAUUUGCAGACUUCGCCUGCACUCAUGUACAGAUUAUUAUGUUUAAAAUGUAACUGAUUAAUCAGUAUUUGAUCUAUUGUCUUGAUUUUUUAUUAAAGUGUAUAUUUCUAAUCAUAUUUUAUAAAUCUGAGAGAACUGGUUGAACGGACGUUUAUUUUCCUGAAGGUAUUUUUAAGAUAAAGCUUCAAUAAUGGCCUGUAAACUUGGCAUAUCUAUGUAGUUUGAUACAUACUGUUGUAUUUGAAAAUCUGUGUAUUGUAACUGGUUUUAUAUAAAAUACUGACUAGUGAAAAUUGUAUGA